CUUAGAUCUCCCAUUUCCAAUUGGCUGCAGGUAGCCAUGAUGAAAAUCUAUCAUUCCAUUUUGGCAUAUGCAUUCCUCACCAUAACCUUCCAAAUGCAUCACCCUUGUCUAUCUACAACACUAGGCCUCGCCGAUGAUCAAACAACCCUUCUUCUCUUGAAAACCCGAAUAACCUCAGACCCUUCUCGCAUCCUCGCAACAAACUGGACCAGCUCGAGCCCUGUCUGCAGCUGGAUCGGCGUCACCUGCAGCCCGCGCCACCACAGAGUAUCCGCACUAAAUCUCUCCCACACAACCCUCUCCAGCACCAUUCCACCCGAGCUCGGCCGCCUCUCCUUCCUCGUCUCCCUCGACCUCACCUCCAGCCGCUUCACUGGUCCUCUGCCCCACGACCUCUCUCUCCUCCACCGCCUUAAGUUCCUGUCCUUACGCAACAACACCUUCACCGGCUCCAUCCCAACCUCCCUCUCAAACCUCACAAAUUUACAAACUCUCGACUUGUCUUCCAAUUCUCUCACCGGAGAGAUUCCGAAUGAGUUUGGGAGGCUUCAGAGUCUGCAAUAUCUGUGGAUUGAAUCAAAUCGUUUAUCCGGUGCUAUACCAUUAUCCAUAUUCAACAUGUCGAAGCUCGUGACAUUAGCGUUGAGAGAGAAUGAACUGAGCGGAAGUCUUCCAGCAGACAUGUGCGCUAAUCUUCCAUUUAUUGAUAAAUGA